AUGGACACGACUACAGAACUCCCUGUAAGCUGCCAUGAUGAUUGCCCCAUCAAUGCUGUCUUCCUGGGAAGGCCUCCGAAAGUCGAAGACAUUUUCUCAUCAAACUGUUCGCUGCCCCUUAACAUCACUGGAAACUUCUUCCGCCGGAUCCCUCGCGAUCUCAGUGGAGAGGUUCGAAUCCCCCUGUACACAAUCAUAUUUUUGUUGGCCGUGGUGGGGAAUAGUUUGGUUAUCGUGGCCCUGGUACAGAACAAACGGAUGAGAACUGUGACUAACGUGUUCUUGCUGAACCUUUCUGUCAGUGACUUACUUCUGGCCGUCUUCUGCAUGCCCUUCACACUCAUACCAGUUUUGCUGAAGAACUUUAUCUUUGGCGCCACUAUGUGCGUUCUUAUCCGAUACUUACAAGGUGUAUCUGUGGCCGUCAGCUGCUUUACCCUGGUUGCUCUCUCACUCGAGCGGUACUACGCCAUCUGCCAGCCUCUCACGUCACGAAGUUGGCAGACCCUCUCCCAUUCCUACAAGGCUAUAGGGGUGUGUUGGGGGCUGGGCAUUGCCAUCAUGUCACCCAUUGCCCUUUACACCCGCCUACAUGCUCUCACUAACGGACGAUUUGCGUGCAAAGAAGUGUGGAAGGACCAUGUCUGGGAAAAAGUCUACACAGUCCUUCUUGACAUAUUCUUGCUUGUUUUACCGCUUCUGAUCAUGUCUGUGUGCUAUGGCAGCAUCAUGAACACAUUGUGGAUGGGAAUGAAAAUGGAAUCGAAAACAGAAAAAGGUAAUUUAGACGAAGAACAGGUGGAAACUAACAUGUUUCCUAUAUCCAUGGAAACGGAAAGCGGCAGUGCACCUUUGUCAAGACAGUCCUCUCCGCGGUCCUUUAGAAAUCGUUACAGUAGGAUAAUGAGACAAAGUAACUUCGACAGAACCAAAAUCGCCAAGAAAAGAGUGAUCAAAAUGCUAUUCGCUGUUAUACUGGAGUUCUUUGUGUGCUGGACGCCAUUGUAUGUACUGACCACUUGGAAGACCUUCCAUCUGAUGAGCCUAUUACAGACGAUAACCCCGAUGACAAUGUCUCUCAUACACCUCUUGUCUUACAUUUCCUCUUGCUGUAAUCCAAUCACGUAUUGCUUCAUGAACCGGAAGUUUCGUCAGGGGUUCAUUACCGUAUUCCGGCGUAUGCGCUGUUGGGAAAAGGGACGCUGGACUGGUUGUUCCUGUGGCAUACUGCAGAAGAUGUACUGGUUAUCUCUGUGGCAUACUGCAGAGGAUGGACAGGUUGUCCCUGUGUCAUAA